AUGCUAUCGAAGAAUAUUAGUUCACCUGGGGUUCCCUCUCCAGGCAGGAUAAGCAUGUCGUCCAAACGCAUGCAGCAAUUACAUGUCAUGAACCAGAACUACACACGCGAAAUGUUCGGCUUGCGAAACCUCGGAAACACCUGUUUUCUGAACAGUAUCCUCCAGUGUCUGGUUUCUGUGCCCCCUUUAGCUUUGUAUUUCAAAGAAAAGUUCUCCCCAUCGGAUAUUUGCAGUGGCGCAUCUACUGGUGCGAGGAGCUUAAACGGUACGGGAGGUCAAUUGGCUCAAGAAUUCAAGGCCUUCAUGGAUGAGGCACUUGCAGCCAGUGGAGGCCAAUGCCUGAAUCCAGCUGCGGUAAGGCAAGUGAUGAUAAAAUUCGCGCCACAGUUCAGUGGGUACAAUCAGCAAGAUGCGCACGAAGCUAUGAGGUUUUUGCUGGAUGGGCUGCAUGAGGAUUUGAACAGAGUGCGAAUAAAACCAAAGUACGUGGAAUUGCAGGAUAAGAAAGGUACUUGUUCAACUUCGUGGUCACUGUUGUUUAGUAAAUCUAAACAUGUUGUCAACAUGAUCAACUUGAUGAUGUUCAAAUUCAAGGCUCGUCCUGCAGAUGCAGACGAGUUCCCAAAUAUUACGACGAACCUCUAAUAAUUGAAACUGUAUCAUCUAAAAAAACUGUAUCAUAAGUAUAUUUGGUAUAUAAGGUAUCCUCUCGAGCAUACGCCUAUACCUACAGUACUUCUGUCAACAUCAUUUUUCCAUCAGGCGAAUCCCUCGACGAGGCAGCCAUGAGAUGGUGGAGCUAUUCUAUGUCUACGGGGAAUAGCGUAAUAACCGACAUCUUUGGCGGACAGCUCUUCAACGAAACAUACUGUCACAUCUGUGGUCACGCCAGUUGGGCUUUUGACACGUUCCUGGAUUUGAGUUUGCCUGUCCCGACGAAUCGAGUUAGCAGCAUACGGGAUGUACUAAAAAAGAUAUUAUUUAAGCUUAAUUAUCGUAUUCGUAUCGAUGAAUUGGCUGGCUAAACUAUCAACACGACCGCUAUCUAUCUAUGAACUUGCAUGUAAGUACUACUCGUCUUGGAUGUCUGAUGAUGAUCAUCCAUCCAUCAUUCAUUCCUCAUUCAUUCUCCUGCUAGGCACAUUCAUUCAUUCAUUCAUUCACUCAUUCACUCAUCAUGCAUCAUCAAUGUAUCUAGUGAUCAUCCAUCAGCAAUGUCAAACAACACCAACGGCACCAAAACAGAUCACCCUCACCGACUGCCUGCGCGAAUUCACGGACCGGGAAAAGCUCGAUGUCGAAGAUUACAAGUGCGAAAACUGCAAGCGCACUCAGCACAUCUCGAAGCGCAUGGGCAUUUACAAGCCACCACAGGUUUUAGUUAUACACCUAAAACGGUUUUCGUGGAUGUCAAGGAGGAAAUUAGACGUCAACGUUCAUUUCCCACUACGCGGUCUAGACAUAGGCGAGUUCGUAGAAGCGAAUCCGACGGUUGGUAGUCGAGUAGGGAGUGUUUUUGAUAUUGGAAAUGUCGAGAACGAAGACGGGAUGUUGAUGGACUCGACCAUGUCUCCCGUGGGAAAGUACAAGAACGACAAUAAUUUGGAUCGAGGUAUUAGCGGAACAAGCUGGAAAAACGUAGGUCGAAGUUCAGUAGUCCCAACACAGUCGCUAAGUGCUUUCAUAGGUGGUGGGACAAGCGAGGAAGAUGAGCAACGAGAAUCGGAGAGACAAUCUGCGUCCAGGAUGUCAAUGGGACCACCUAGAAGACGAGGGAGAUCCAAUAGCAACCGGUACAUCUACGACCUGGUAGGUGUGUCGCAACACGCAGGAUCGAUGAGCGGUGGCCAUUACACGGCGUGUGUCAGAUUGGGUUGUGUCAGAAAUGAAAAUUGGGCGAAUAUCAGCGACUCUACGGCGAUACCCACGAGACAAUCGGAGGACACGUCUUCUGAUUCCUCAGCAUAUGUAUUGUUCUAUGUGAGGAGGUGACGGUCACGGUAGAACUGGUGCCCAAGUAGAAUCAACAACACCCCUGCUUGGAUCGCUUAUUUUUUUUGCAUUUUUACCUUGCCUUGCUUUAUCUGUCUAAUUGAAAUAAAUCUAAUCUUCUGGAGCUGGGUUACUUACUUAGAUAUUCCAUCUGAUAGUGUUUGAGGUUCUACCACACCAAACCUUGAGCCAUAACAUUGAGGUAGUGUAUUUCAUCUACUCCGGGUGCUUUUAGUGUUGAGUUGUACAGGCCACAGGAUGAAAUACAGACUUAUGUAAAACUACGGCUCCCUUUAGUCGUAGUAGUUUUCAGCAUCAAACAAUGUUGAGAAAAAAUCUAUACAUAGAAUCGUAAACGCAGACCAGCGCCACUGGUCCUCUAUUACUAUGCUGACUUGUUCUAAUCAAUUUUUACACAGAAAGAUAGAGAUUACUCACUCGAUAGUUAAAUCGAUGACUCCUAAACAUAAUGAUCGAAUGAUUCUUUUCAUGUAUCCAUUUCUUGUAUUCCUCGUAUUGGAGCAAACAAGACCAUUGGAGCAAACAAAACCACAUGUAGUUUGUACAGGGUCGUGGGGUAGUGCAACAAAGAACAUCACGACAGAACAAG